CCAGGUGUUAGCCAAGAUCAAGAUCAACUAAGAGCACAUGUGUGAGACUGUUGUUGUGCGUUUGGUGCUCCCUCGUUCCUCCACCUGCACCGCCUUUCACAGCGGAUAAGAGUGUGCUUGGAGACAAGACCACCGGAAAGCGGACGUUAUCCUGACCCCACACCAUCAAGAUGGCAAAACUAUCAACCAGAAAGUCUAACAAAAACAGAAGCGGUGCUGCUUCCAGCCAGCUCAGUGCAUCCAAGUCACGGCCCAAUAAAAAACUCAAGAAUGGCAUUAAGAAAGAUAUCCCUUUAAAGAAGGCCAUCAAGAAAGAUUCCCUUUUAAAGAAGGCCAUUAAGAAAGAUGCCCCUUUAAAGAAGGCAAUUAAGAAAGAUACCCCUUCUGAAAAGGCUGUUAAGAAAGAUACUCCUUCUAAGAAUGGCAUUAAGAGAGCUACCCCUUUAAAGAAGGGCAUUAAAAAAGAUACCCCUUCUAAGAAUGGCAUAAAGAAAGAUACCCCUUCUAAGAAUGGCAUUAAGAAAGAUACCCAUCUGAAGAAGGGCAUUAAGAAAGAUACCCCUUUAAAGAAGGCCCAUAAGAAAGAUACCCCUUCUAAGAAGGCCAUUAAGAAAGACACCCCAUCUAAAAAGGCUAUUAAGAAAGAUACCCCUUCUAAGAAAGGCAUUAAGAAAGCUGUCCCUUCAGGUUCUGCUUCCCAUCCCACAAAGAACAUAGUCUCUCAAACCAAACAAACCCCAGUAAAAAAGGAGGGAAAUAAAAGACGCCCACGGUUAAAAACCAGAAGCAAGAAAACAAGAGGAGCGAAAGGAAGGCCGGUCCUUGCAAGGAAACGUGAAUUGGUGGUGAGGCACUUUAUGAAGGGAUCAAACAAAGAUAAAAAGCUGAUGAAAAAGUUUGCCAAUAAUGAGAAACUAGCUCCUAAAAACAAGGUUACAAAGAUGGAUCCUGCACAACUGGUCAACCUUGAGUUGGUGCAGGCAGCUAUCAGCGGAUUGAGGAAACUUCCAACAGUUGGGAAGAUUGAAAGAAAGAGUCUCCAUGAUAUAACCGAUGAAGAUGAACAUUUUGUCUACUUGCAAGUCACACUGUGCAAGGUCUCCAAAGUUACAGAUGACUUUCAUCUCACUGGACCAACUACAGUUAGCGUGUACCUUCCAAACAGCUUGGUGACAGACAGUACAGAUGUUAUCCUCAUUACCAAGGACUUGCAGAGAGGCAUCAAGAAGGACCACCAGAACUCCUUGAACUACUUCAAGGAGCUGCUGCAUGUCAAGGGGGCCUCGUCCUUAAUAAGUGAAAUCAUCCCUCUUCGUCAGUUGAAGCUCGAGUAUAGGGAGUUUGAGGCCAAGAGACUCCUUGCCAACCGUACAGACAUGUUGCUCUGUGAUGACACUAUCAUGAGAUUUAUCCCUAAAUUCCUAACCAAAUAUUUCUACGUUAAGAAAAGAUUGCCAGUCCAGGUGAAUCUCAAGGCAAUUGAUCUACAGAAGGAAAUACAACGAGCACUCUCAGUGUCCAAGCUCUUUUUCAGUAUGAAGGGAAACUCUUCUCUCAUGAAGAUUGGUCGCAUGGGUCAGACAGAUGAAGAAAUACAGCAGAAUGUAUUAGCGGCUGUAGCCAAGCUGGCCAGCCAUGCUCCAGGGGAGUGGGCCAACAUCCAGUCCUUGAGUCUCAAACUGGAAAGGACCAGUUCUAUCCCUAUAUAUGCCAACAUGAACUCACUGAACAAAGUGAAGUCAGUAGCACCGAAACAACUGUUCCCUGGUAAACCUGUGUCUGGCACCCUCACCACAGUGCCUGGAAAGUGCAUCACUGUCUUCCCUGAUGGCAGUGUGACAGUAACUAGUCUUAGGAAGAACAAAAGCAGACUGGCUAAGGAGAAUGAAACAAAUGAAAUUGAGAAAAAAGUUGAUAAAUCCAAGUCCAAAGGUGGCAAGAAAAAUAAAGAAAGAAAGAAGUCAGCCAAAUCAAAAAGUAAGGUAGAAUUACCAGAGACAGAAACAGAAGUGAGCACCACAAAGAAAGAAGCAGGGGAAAAGAAGACUAAGAGGAAAAUGACAGAGAAAAAGAGCAGCAAGGCCAAGAAACAAAAGAAAGUGGAUGGCUCAGAUGCAGACUCAGAUCUGGAGUCUGAGGAGGAUGACUUGGAGAAGCAGGAAAUGUUGUACCUCAAACAGCUGAACCAAGAGAAAGAGUCAGCAGGUGGCCAGGAGAAAGACGAAGACUCAGAGGAGGAUGUUUGGGCAGACAGUGACAGUGACAGCAACAUGGAAGACAGUGAAUGAAGCAAGAAAGAUAGGAGGCUCAAAGGAGGAAGGAAAAGGAAAGGGAAUGAUAACGAUUUAUUGAUGUACUGUAUACUUUCAUCGAAGCCUUAACAUUCAUAACAUCUGUUAAAUGUCAUGGAAGAAUUUUAUAAUUCUUGUAAUGCAUUAAAAUAAGGGAAAUAAACUUCAAGUCUCUAA